CAUGAGACGCUCCUUGCGACAAGUCCAGAGACAAAGCCAUGAGGCUUCAGUCACGUCUUCCAACGGGCUUUCAAAAACGAGUGAAGACAAUAGAUCUACGCUCACACACAAUUCCAAUUCCACCAGAAAAAGGACAGUACCACCGCGGCAAACGCGGGACGACGCGUCGCACAGUGAAGAUGAUGACUAUCAAUCACCAGAACAAGCCACCGAAUUGCCGCAGAAGAAGAAGAAGCGUAAGCUAGCUUCGCGUAGUAAAAGCAGCAAGAACAGUGAACACCAGCAAGCCUUAGCACAACUACUCAGCGUCGACCGGGUGGUGGCUGAUAUACCGCCAUGUGUAUUAUUACCUGCGCGAGUUCAUAAUGUCGACUACCAUCGCCCACUACUGCUGGGUAGUCGAAAAGGGCGGAAGGAUCUCCUUGACUGGUUUGAUGGCAUAAGCACUAAACGAUCAAUGCCAUGGCGAAAGCCUUGGAUUGACCCAAGCACAUAUACCGAUGAUCCUUCACUUCUUCGCCAAAAACUAGAGAAGCGUGCCUACGAAGUCUGGAUUAGUGAGAUUAUGUUGCAACAGACGCGAGUUGCGGUUGUCAUAGACUACUGGAACCGUUGGAUGGCAAAAUGGCCUACAAUCCACGAACUGGCCGCAGCUACAAGCGACGAAGUGUUAGCGGCAUGGCGUGGGCUGGGUUACUAUAGCCGUGCAACUAGGAUACAUGAAGCUGCAAAAUUAGUAUGCAAAGACCCGGAAACAAAAGGACUUUUGCCUUCAUCUGUAGACACGCUCGUCGCGAAUGUUCCUGGAGUCGGGCGGUAUACUGCCGGCGCCAUCUCAGCUAUCGUUUUUGGCAAGGCAGCUCCCAUGGUGGAUGGCAAUGUACUCCGUGUUCUCAGUCGCCAGUUAGGCCUCCUUGGAGAUGUCAAAACUGACAAGUCUGUCAUCGAUCUCCUCUGGGCGGCGGCCGACAGCUUGGUCAAGGCCAUUGCACAAGACUUUCCGGAUGAGGAAUCAAGAAGUGCUGAGGAAGAAGAAAUCAGCGAUAGACCAGGACGGUGGGGUCAAGCAUUAAUGGAAUUGGGUAGUACAAUCUGUACCCCUAAACCAGACUGUGAGGUCUGUCCUAUCAGUGAAACCUGCCGCGCAUAUGGUGAGGGCCUUCAGUAUGCAUCCACCAAAGGAUUGGCCCCAAAAGACAUACGUACACACUCUAAGCGUGGCUCACUACCUGAUAUUGAGGACUCAUGCAAUUUCUGCAAACCUUUUGAGGAGGUGAUACAAGAUAACGGUGAUGAUGAGGCUGAGAUUGUGCCGAUUGCGAAGAAGGGAAAACCACGACUGUUGAGACAGCCUACCCUAUCAAAUUUUUUCACACGGCCUAAGGAAUCGGUUGAGGCGAGCAAAUCUGUACCAACAGAACUUACUCGUGCGGGGUUAAACACUAUCGUGGAACAUGCGAGAAAGUUUCCCGUCAAGGUCAUCAAAAAGGCCGUGAAAGAACAGGAAACGCUUGUGUGCGCCAUACACCGCGGUGAUGGUCGAUACAUCAUUCACCGGCGACCUGACAAAGGCCUACUAGCUGGGUUAUGGGAGUUCCCUAGCUGGAUUGUCCCGGAAGACUACGAGAACACGGCGACAGCUUAUAAACGGGCUGCCGAGCUCCACGCAUCAAAAGUUCUAGACCCGGCCCUCAAGCGCAACUCUUCAACGCAUCUGAAGUUGAAGUUUGUCAGCGAGCUUGGAAGCGUCCCGUGGCUUUUCUCGCACCUUAAGUUGACAAUGCACGUCUUUUUAUUUGAGCUUAAAUGCUCAAAGAGCGAAUUCAAUACGUUACCCGAUACUAAUGAUCGAUGGAGCGAUGAGGUAGAGAAUGAAUCCAUGGGAACGGGCAUGCGGAAAUGCUGGGAACUCGUUCGUGAGGCGAAUAGCGAAUAGAUUGUCUACCCACAUUCGCAGUAAAGCAACGGGCAAGAUCUCCAGACUGGAAUGCGCACGACACCAGCCUAACAUUGAUGUCUGAUUUCAAGAUACUUCUAGACCAU